ACAUUCAAAAUGUGCAAAAUAAAAAUCAACGUAACUGUUUUUUUAAUAAUUCUUCAAAUAUUCUUGGUGGCACCAGCUGCCUUCAAAGAGACGAUUAAAUCCGACGGACAAAUGGCAGAAAAAUGCUGCAGUCAGACCUAUGAAGCUGUAAAACCUUUAUUAGAUUAUUUUAGACUGGUUAAAAUUGAGUUAGAAGAGAGGGAAAUUAAGGAAAAUAAUUUAAUUGAAUUAAAUUCUGAUCUUAUGGAAAAGUAUCGUGAAAUUGCAGAAAUUAAUGAACUAUUCAUGAACGAGGCAGCUCUAUUAAAUGAGUAUAAAAGCAAAGUUGUGAAAGGGGAAAACGAUUUGCAUUCGUCUCAAAUUAAAGACGAUAAACUAGAAUCUGAAAUUAAUUCACAAAAAAAUGUUAUUGCCAAAUUAGAAGCAGAAUUAGCAAAUAAAUCUUCCGACUUAGAAAUUUGUGAAAUUAAAUUAAAAACACUCGAUUCUGUGUUAAUUGAAAAAGAUGAAAAUAAAACAAGUUUGUUUUCGAGUAGAAUUGAAUUGCAAUUAAAGGAGAUGCAAACUAAAUUAAAAACAAAAGAUACAGAAAAUCUCUGGUGUCGUUUUGAAAUCAAUUUAUUAAAUAAUGCAUCAGAGAAUAUGAGAGAGGAGCAGAGAAAAUUGAGUUCUCAAGUGGAAAAGUGGCAUUCGAAAACAAUAGUGAGCGAUUAUGAAAAUAUAUUAUGUCGUUCUGAACUUGAUAAGUUAAGUCCCACAACUUGCAUCCCUUUUGGAGAUUAUCCAGGAGUUCAUCAACUAAAUGUCUCUGGGAUAGAUUUCUUCGAUGUUUUAUGCGAUAGUCAGUUAGCUGGACCUGGAUGGAUUGUAAUACAACAACGAGUUGGGCGCAAUGAGGAUUUCAAUAGAGACUGGGACACCUACCGCGAAGGAUUCGGUGCAUUAGAUAGCGAUUUCUUCAUAGGAUUAGAGAAAAUAUAUCGUAUCACAAGUUUGCAGCGUUUCGAACUUUAUAUACAUUUGGUUGCUGUGAAUGGAAGUGUCUACAAUGCUCGUUAUGAUGACUUCAAAAUUUCUGAUGAAGACAAUGGAUACACACUGAGUCUAGGCAAAUGGAAUGGAACAUCUGAGGAUGCGAUGAGAAUCGGCGAAAACAUGAAAUUCUCAACAUUCGAUCGCGAUAACGAUUUUAGCGGUGGCAAUUGUGCAGUUGAGUUCAAAAGUGGCUGGUGGUACAACAGUUGUCAUCAUUGUAACUUAAAUCAAAAAAAUUUGCUUCACCCAUCGAUUGACCUGAAAGAAGCUAAGAUGCUAAUUCGUCCCAAAGAAGCGAUGAAGAAAUGAUAAA